AUGAGUCGAUUUGACAGCGAAAAAGACAAGGACUUCAAGAAGGUCUGCCGAGUCCUCCAGGACUGGGUCGAGGAUCUCCCUGAGCCGGAAGAGAAAGGAACAGUCAAUAAUAUCUCGAAUGCCUCCUUCGCUGGAUCGACCAACUACGGCUACCAGCUUGGUCAGAAUACAGGCAACCAGACUGGCUUUACAUUUGGCGCUAGAUAA